CCGAAAAAAAUCAGAUGUUAGAAUCUUUUAGGGACACAGAGUAUAUACAUAUACACACAUAUCUUUCUCACUCACAUAUCCAAAUCAUAACCUCCAUAUUCCCUAGUUAUUAUAAACUGAUUUUUUAGUUUAAUUUUUUUUGAUAGUUAAGAGAGAUUAACAUAAAAAAGUGAAUUAACAUAGUAUUACACUAUUACACCACAAUUAAAACUACUCAUAUUUUCAUUAGAGCACAUACUCUCAUAAAGACUGUUAUUUAUGCAUAUGUAUAUAGAAAAUCUUCUAAGUUUGCUUGAUUUCCCAAUGAUAGAAAAUUCCUCUCCUAAUAAAAUAUUUUGCAUGAAAACUGAAAAAUGAUAUCAACACAUGCUAUUUUUUUGUUGUUGAGAAAUAAUCCAAAUGCCGCACCGGAAGGAGAAGAAAAGAUUGACUCAUAUAUAAGGUUGAACCCAACUCCAUUACUAUGAGGCCUUUUGGGAGGUGUCCAAAAACAAAUUUGUGAGGGUUUGAUGAGGACAAUAUUAUACUAAUGCAGAGUUAAGGUAAGGUAUGCGCAGUCCCAACAUGUGACAUUGAAGCCCAAGUUUAGAGUGGGUAGUAGAAGUGGACUGCAUUUGUGAGAAAUUUCUUGUGCUUGGUAUGAGACAUUUUGGGAGGUGUCAAAAAACAAAUCCGUGAGAGCUUGGCCCAAAGCAAACAAUGUCAUACAAAUGCGGACUUAGGGUAAGUGCAGUCAACAAUUUACCAAUAGGAUAUCCUGUACUGCAACAACCGCCAAUUCCUACAACAGGUCAACCUCAUAUCAGUCAUAUGGAUUCAAUGGGUUUAUCAAGCUGUCAUGUGGUCAAUGGAGUACCUGCACCAAGCAACUUCCAGCCGAUCCGGAAGAAUUCUGUGAAAGAAAUGGUGAUUGAAACUGCUCAAACCAGUGCAUCAGAUGCAUCCGCGGCUGCUCCACCAAGUAAUGCCAUUUCAUCUAUUCCAGAUAUGCCUGUGAGCCCCACACAAGCUGCCUCCAGUGGCCAUUUUCCCUUCACUGCAUCAGAGAUAUCUGGGAUGGGAGUAGACGCAUCAGCCCUUGACACAGCAUUUGCAUCUGAUGCUAGCUCAGUAGGACUGCAUCUCCCCACUGAUAACGGAGCUGGAAAUUCUAGAGAUUUUCUCAGAUCCUUGGCUCAGAUUCCUUGGAAUUUCAGUCUUUCGGACCUAACAGCUGAUUUACCAAACUUGGGAGAUCUAGGAACUCUUGGAAAUGACAGUGGCUCGCCAUUUUUGCAUUCUGAUUCAGACGUUUUACUCGAUUCUCCAGAGAAAGACGACUUAGAUGAGUUCUUCGCCGACUCCAUCCCUGGGUCAGCAGGAUCUCAAUCGGAUGAAGAAAAUCCCUAGUGAUGACGGAAGGAAUGUAAGGGUACCCUCUAAAUACCAAAGAAUUAGUGGUUCAGAACUAUGAUCACAGAGAGAUGACAAUGCAUAGAGACCAUUCCUUACCGGGAUUUUGCUGUCCCGAAGCUUGUUGUUUAGCUAUUUAGACAUUAUUAUUAUAGCUUUCAGAGCAGGUAAUUCGUGUUUCAGCUGAAUAUAUCUUCCAAACUAAGAUAUAAUUUAGGUUUUGUAUUCAAACUGUUUUAUUCUGCAAUGUUGUAUUCUGCUCAUACGAAACGCGACGGUGUUCAUGAGCCCAGAUUAGAUUACUGCAAUAGUAGAUUGUUGCCUAAUUUAGGGCAUUAACACUAUGUUUGGUUCAUGGAAUUUGGUUUGGAAAAGAGAAGAAUGUGAUAAAAAUAAGAUCUUGUUUGGUAA